AUGAAUAUUUCCAGAAUUUUGUCUUAUGCCUUACUCAUCAAGUUCGCACGGAGAAAUGAUGUGCGGCGGCCUCAUGUGCGAGAUACAGAGCAUGAUUCUUCAUUAAGACUUGGAAUCAAAAGAAGGUAUUCUCGCGGUAACAGUAAUGUAGUCAAUUAUCAAUCUGGAGAACAUAAGCGAAUUAGGAAGUCUAGUUCCAAUUAUGGAUAUCCUAGUACAGAGGAUCAUAAUUCUGAUGAAGAAUGGCAUUCAGGGAUAAACAGAAAUAUUCCUCGUAAAGUAACUAAUUUGUCUAGAAAUUCUUCAAUGGCUCGUGUUGCUAAUAUUCGACCACAUGGUUUUAGUAAUCGGUUUCAUGGACAUGAUUCUAAUCAAACAGCCACGUUCAACAAAUAUAAAAAUUUCAAGAUAGAUGUAAAUAAUGCCAACGCCGAUUUGAAUAAUGAACAACUUUUAAUGAUGUAUUAUAAUCAUAUGUACCAACAGUAUUACAGAACAUAUACAGCUACAGCUCUAUCUUUAUCAAAUUAUCCCAAUGCUGAUUUACUACCUGCAGUUGCAGCAGCAGCUGCUUCUAACAAUUCCAGCAUCCCGCCGGAUUUGGUCUCCCUGAGAUCAGUACUAUCUGCUGGUGGUAGCGCUUACGAUUUCCCUAAAUACGACCAUCAUGCGGAUUUACAUGGGAGACGGUUUAAGAGGUAUCAUAGGCAUGGAUCAUCGAAUGUUUCCUCUCACUCACCGGAACAACGACGGGACUCGAAUUCACGGACUUUUCGAUCUAAUAAGACAAAUGAUUCUUCUCAUUCCUCUGUAAAAAAUGCAUUACCCAAGGGAAAGAGAGUUAAAAAAGGUGGUGAAUCACCUGUCAAAGUAAAAAAAUCAGAAUAUAAUUCUGGUGAAGAAGGGAAAGACAGUGAUCCGGAACGCGCUGAUAAUGAGCAGUUUUGUGAUGAUAAUAACUCUGAAAGUGAGAACGAUACAGACCAACGUGAAUCGUCAUCUAGACGUGUGGUUCGCAGACGCUCAACUGUUGAAAGCGUAUCAAACAAACAAGAAGCGGAAUCAGCUCACAUUGAAGAUAAUUCUAAAAUAGCAACGUCAAAUACAUGUGAUGUAGCUGAUGUAUCGAAACAGUCUAGCAGCGGGGUUAACAAUGAAGUCAGUACAACAGAGGUAGUGUCAGCAAAUGAAACAGAAUCCGUUGAAGAAGGUGAGGCUAAAGAUGAUGAUACUUAUGGUGAAGAGAGUGAGGACAAUGAAGGUGUUGUAGAAGAGUCGUCUAGUGAAAAUGAAGCAGACACUUCACGGGAAACUUUGAAUUCAGAUCAACAAAAGCCGAGGAAAGUCCAUAAUGAUUCGGAAUCAGAGUCGAAAGUACAAAAAGCUUCUAUAUCAAAUUCUAAUCGUGUUGUAAAAGAAGGUAGAAGACGUCAUGUGGAAGUUUUACCAAAUGACACUUUACUUCCUACGUCGACUGAGUUUGAACAUGAACGUGGACCACUUUUGCCCACACCAGUAGAUGUUGAUAGAAGGCAUCCAAAAUUUCGUAAUCCUACUGAUCUCCCAUUAUUCCCUGGUUGCCCUACAACACCUCAUAUUCCUAAUGUUUUAGAAGCUGCUGCAAUUAUGUCAGGUCUUUGUCCAUCUUUAUUUCCAUCUGUAAAUCCAUCAAAUUUGUUAAGUACGCUUAGAUGCCCACCAGUUGACUUUGCUCCACCCUUUUGUGAUUUAUUCAAUUUACCUAAUCCACUUGAAUUUCAAAAACAAAUCAGUAAUUUAAAGUUAAACUCUCACCCACCUCAACAACCAGACUCCUCUGAAUCUAGAUCCAAGUCGAAAUCUCAACGAAAUAAACAUGAAAGUUUAAAAAGCAGAGGUGGUGAUAUCAGAAGCAAUCGUUCUGUAUAUAAACAGUAUAAUAAUAAUACAAAAUCUCAGCGAGCACAAAAUAAUUCAUGUGAUUCUGAUAGUCACAGCUCUUCAGGAUCUGAGUACCAGACUAGCACAGGACAUGAAUAUGUUAGUAGACCAAUCCCUCCAGAAAAGUGUCUGAUCGAUCGACCGAAAAAUAAACAUUCAGCUAAAUCUUCAACAAGCCAGAAAGUGAAAGAGAAGAUUAGAAAAGAACAAGAAGUGGUCUCAAAUGACCAAGCUUUCCCCCGAAGAAGUAGCAAAUAUAUGUCUCCUGAUGAUGAUAUAUCUGAUCAUUCAGAAACAAAUUGUAACAAGCCUUUUUCACGACUUCCACGUGGUCCAAGGACACCUUCAAGUCCACCAUUAUCUUCUCAAGAUGAAGAUGAAUCUGGUGGUGCAUACUCACAAUAUGAUUUGUCUCGUGAAUCUUGCUCCAGAGGCGGCAUGACCAAUAAAACUCGUCGUCAGCAUGAAAUAACUAGUUCUGUAUCAGGCCAUUGUUUAAAUUCAUCAAACUCAGAUGAAAAUUCAUCCAGAAGGAGACUUGAAAUGUGUCGAAACCAGGUAUCAAGCAAUUGGUCUCCUAAAACCCGCUCUUCAAAUCAUCCUAAUGCUAACACUGUACGUUCUCGAAAAUCACAUGGUUCUAAUCGCUCCAAAUCAUCAUCCACUUCUUCCGCAUCUACUUCUCGGUCAUGUUCUUGUAAAGCACCUAACGCUUGUAAUACUUCAGGUAAAAAGAGGUCUAGGAACAGAAGUGCUUAUCGGCAUAUUACACAUUCCAAUGUAGGCAUAUCCUAUGAGAACAAUUCCCCGAAUCAAUCAUCACAAUUCACGCACCUUCGCAGAGGUGAUACAGGCGAUAGCAGUGAUAGUUCAGAUCAAAGGAGUCGUGCAUUACCUGCAGCUUACGCAAAUCCUCAUCACACUGACCGGCGUCAUUCAUCUCAUUCGUUGCAGGAUGUUCAACCUCUACCAGCAACUUCACUUCGUCGUAGUUCAUCAUGUUCAUCCUCUUCAUCUUCGGGUUCAUACCACCGCAUCCGUUCUAGUUCUAGUUUUCCUCAGGAAGAAAGUAAAUCGCUAAAUGUAAGCCAGUCUGCAUCUACACGUCACUCCUCCUCCUCAUCAGCAUCAACAUCUCAUUCACCUCAAAGAAGUGGAUGCAAUGUAUCACACUCACUACGACAAGGUUUUAAAAGAAAGUCAAAAAGGCGACAAAACAACGCCAAAAGUAACAAUGACGGUGAUCGUGACGAGGAGUCUAGUCGAAAAAUCCAAUCUACAAAGGAAAAGAAUAAAUUAUCAGAAUCAUUUUAUGAUAGAAGCUCUGAUUCUGCUGAUGAUGAGGAUGAAUACAAUGGUAAUAAUAAUCGAAAGUCAUCAUCAAAUCUACAACUUAUAUCUUCUGAUGAAUCACCUCUAUUGAUGAGUGAUGUCAGUUCUUCUGAUACGGAUGUUAUUGGUUCCUCAUCACUAUCACAAAGUGAAGUAACCCCCUCUGGCGAAUCUUCUUCUUUCUCCCCUAUUGUUACUGGUGCUCGUCAUAAUUAUUCGCAUCGUAAGAAAAGAGGAGAAAAGUAUAAUAAAGAUUCAUCAAAACGAAAACCAUACACUCCCGACUCAUCGUUUACGGAUAGUCGUAAAUAUAAACAAAGUAAAAGUCGACAUGAUGAAUCUAUUGAAAAAAAACAAUCUGUUAACAAGCGUAAAAGAGCUCUGCUUUCACCACCAAAAAGUUUAAAAUCUGUAAAUAAAGUUUGGAGGUCAAAAAAAAUGUAUGAAGAUGAAGUUCCCACUGUGUCAUCACGACAUCCUCAACCUCCAUUAAACAAAAAAUCUUUCCAUGCACAGACUGUCGUCAAGCCAUCCAGUCGUUCCAAUUACGGAAAGAAACGAAAAGAAGGAAGUUCAUCCUGGUCAACAACAGCUGCACAUGAACGUCGUCCACGUGAUAAUAAACAAUAUCAUGGUACUAUUCACAGUGACGUAAACGAUAAUAAUCCGUCCAGAUUAAGGUCACGAUAUAGACAUUCAAAUAACGAUAAAGAUGUUACUAGUGGUCGACAUAAUUAUCCUACCAGAGAUUAUAUUGCAAAACACCAAAACACAAAAUCCAGUGUACAUGAUUCCAAGAUUCAUUGGUCUAAAAGUGGAAAUACUCGUAGUUUUCGUCCACCUGUCCCUCCCUCUACAAGUCCCCAGAAUCCUAUUUCACGGAGUAGAAAACACCCAGUAACCACAUCAAAUAGUCGUCAUCAACAUACUCAGAAGGGAAAGUCAGAUAUUAUUUGGGAACCUGGUCCAAAGAGUGUGAAAAAAGCAAAUAUGUAUUCAAGCACUGUGUCCAAUUCUAAAGCCCUUUUGAAAACCCCUGAACGUUCACGGCGUAUAGAUCGCCGUAGUCAACACGAAUCUUCCAGAGGUUCUGAAUCGCGGAAUUCCGAUUCUUCUAGCAGUUCAUCGUCUGCUGAAGAAGACGAUGAUGAAGUUGUUGACGAUGUGGAUGGACAUUUAAUCUACAGUAUUGGUGAUAAAAUAUUGAAUCGAUAUGAAAUCGUUAAAACACUUGGAGAAGGUACAUUUGGAAAGGUUGUUGAAUGCAAAGAUCAUGUACAAAAUCGUCGAAUUGCUUUAAAAAUUAUUAAAAAUGUGGACAAAUAUCGUGAAGCUGCUAUGCUUGAAAUAAAUGUAUUGAAUUUCUUAAAUGAACGUAGUGCAAAUGUUGAGCAUUUAUGCGUAACUCUCUUGGAUUGGUUCGAUUAUCAUGGACAUAUAUGCUUGGCAUUUGAUAUUCUUGGCUUAUCUGUAUUCGAUUUUUUGAAAGAAAAUAAUUAUGUUGGUUAUCCAAUGGAACAUGUUCGUCAUAUAUCCUAUCAGCUGUGUCAUGCUGUGCGCUUUUUACACGAUAAUCAAUUAACACAUACAGAUUUAAAACCAGAAAAUAUACUAUUUGUAGACUCUGAUUAUAUAUCAGUGCAUAAUCGUAAAAAACGUAGACAUGAACGUAUGGUCAAGUGUUCUGAUAUCCGUUUAAUUGAUUUUGGUUCAGCAACAUUUGAUUAUGAUCAUCAUUCCACAAUUGUGUCGACACGACAUUAUCGUGCUCCUGAAGUUAUUCUAGAAUUAGGUUGGUCUCAACCAUGUGAUGUUUGGUCUAUUGGUUGUAUAAUGUUUGAAUUGUACACUGGUUAUACGCUUUUUCAGACACAUGAUAACCGUGAACAUUUAGCUAUGAUGGAACGUACUUUAGGCCAUAUUCCUUAUCGGAUGACUAGAAAAUCACGAACUGGGUUUUUCUAUCAUGGACGUUUGGAUUGGGAUUUCUAUAAUCAAGAAGGUCGUUAUGUCCGUGAGAAUUGUCGUCCAUUGCUUUAUUUUGAUACAUCUGGCAACCUUUUGUGGGAUGCACAAUCACGUGAAGCCAAAUAUGUCAUGACACAUUGUCGUCCAUUUCGGCGUUAUUGUAAAGAUGAAAGUCAAGAUACACUAGAUCUGUUUGAUUUAAUGUCUAAAAUGUUAGAAUAUGAUCCAGCGGAUCGCAUUCCUUUGUCUGCAGCCCUGACACAUCCAUUCUUUUUACACUUACCUUCACAUCAACGGUUAACAUACACGCAUCCAUCCGAUACACUUGCACUGCCGAAUGAACGUCGUACGUCACGUACUGGUGGUGGUGGUGGUGGCGGCGGUGGUGGUAAUCAACCAACGAUGACAGGGACAAAUGGAUCUUCAUCCUCCUCGUCAGUAUCAUCAGAUGUUAGGCGUAAUCGUUAAGGAUAGAUAAUACUAAUAAGAAAAAGAAUGUCAACUAUAUUGUCAUAUUGUUAUUUAUACUGUCAGUUAACAGGUCGGAUUUCUUUCUUCACACUUUCUCUCUUCUUAUGCUUUUUUUGAGGGAGACAUUUUCGAUGUGGAUAGUUUCCGCCUAUUUCAUCCACACUCAUUAUUGUUAUAGUAUAAUACAUAUGUAUAUGUAUCUAUCUAUAUAUACUCAGUUUUUUCAUGUAAAUAGCUUUGUUAUGCUGAUUGAAUUGAAUUAUUUUUGAGAAUACACUUUAUCCUCUCUUGUUGUCUUUUUCCAACCAUUACUUCUAUCUUUUUUAUGUGAAACCAUUCACACUUUUUGUCAGCACUAACUCUAAUUUCUCUCCAUUACUUCCUUACCUAUCAUCAUAGAUAUGCUUGUUUCUUUUUCGGUGUAUGUGUGCGUGACAGUGCGUACGUGAUCAUUAUUUCUUCAAAAACUUCCGCUGUUUUUACAAGCGAUGUAACUUUGGGUGUCCUUGUGCGUCCGCGUUCACUUACUGUGAAUCUUUUAUCUUUUUCCCCUCUUCGAUGGAGUUUUCAUCGUGUGUGUUCCUUUAUUAUUGUCCUUCUCUCUCUUUGCUCGCUGUUUUUUAAAUGAAUACAAGGGAAAUUGAUGUCAUUUUAUAAGAAUACUGUUUAAUCGUAAUCAUUGUGUUAAUCGUACGUGUAUUUGUGUCUAUUAGUGUCUUUCCUUCUUUUCGAUACACACACACGCAUACUUUCGUUUAUACGCGUAAAUCUGUAGGCUUCUGCUGUCUGUGGUGCUCUCUCUGUGUAAUGUAGGUUAACUUUGAUGUCUUAUUAUUUUUUCUGUGCAAGCUUUUUAAGGGGAGAAUUGUUAUUCUAAUUAUCUCAAGCUUACUAAUAUGCGCCUAGAUGAGUGUAGGUUGCACGUGAAAUUUUCUUAUUAUCUCCCAAUCUACAAUGAUGCAUUAUUUCUUAAUACUGACAUAUUGCUUCAUGUACUCUUUUUUAUUUUUCUCUUAUUCAAUCCUUUUUACACCUUUUCAUCAAAUAGUUAUUUAUUUUCACUAAUUUUAUCUUCGUCUGCUCUAUUGUUCGAGGAUGCUUGUGUACAGCAUCGCUGGUGCUGCUUGUUGAGCAAAAAGACAAGUCUACUACUUAUUCAAGAUGUAUGUGUGUAAUUGAGAUUUAUUUUACAUUUAUCAUUUGGAUGAGUCUCUUCUGGUUGUAAGAUCUGCGCAUCUGUGGGAAUGUGCACUCGUUCUUAUAAUUACACUCAUAUACAUGUACGAACACGUGCUGACCUCUAGAGGCUUUUUGGAACCUUGAACCUUAAUGCUCUUUUAUUUCUUCACUCUUUACUUCUGUCUCUGUGUGUGUAUGCGUGCUUUCCUCUUCCAACUUUUAUCUUCUGAUCAAAAGGUGGAUAGUGGAAGAAUGCAAAUUUUGUCAUCUGUUUUUUUUAUUGUUAUGUAUUCGAUUGUAUGAAUAGUGAUG